CUAGUACAAGGUGCUAAAGAAUUUCGCUUUUUACUUUCAAGCUUUGUGAUCGACCGAGUGAGAAAGAGGAACAACUACCCACAAACCCCAUCCUUAUAUAAUAUUUUGAAGUUGCUGUGCCAUACUUUUUCACCAAAACAAGAACCUACUGGAAGGGAAAGUCAGGGUACUGAUGUGUCAGAACUCACUGGAAGAAAAAUCUUGGAAGAAUUAUGUUAG